AUGAAUGUGUUGGGUAUGGUGGCCUAUUUUUGUUGGGGAAUUUGGAAGGCCAGGAAUAAAUAUGUUUUUGAUGGGGUGAAAUGGGAUGCUCGUAGAGUUGCUGUGAUGGCUUGUUCUCUGUUUUGGGAGUUUAGGAUUGCAUCCUCAUCGUCUAAUGAUUGUUUGUCUCCUAGUUUAGCGGUUACUCGCCUUUCUCCUCCUCCCUUUUCUUCUUCCCGUUGGCUGCCUCCAGGAGGAGAGGGUGUGCUUAAAUGUAAUGUGGAUGUAUCGUGUUUGGCCUCUUCUCAGGUUGGGGGUGGUGGAGCUGUUUUUCGUGAUUCUUUGGACACUAUUGUGCAGGCUGUAGUGUUUUCUCCUUUCCCUGCUGUUAGUGCAACCUUGGCUAAGGCUAUUUGUCUGCGCAAAGCUAUUAUUUGGACAGGUUCCUGUUUAGUUCCUCAACUUUGGUUUCAAUGUGAUUCUAAGGUAGUGGUUCAAGCAGUGAUUGGUGAUGCUGCUGGACCGACAGAAAUUCAUUCCCUUGUCUUAGAUAUUCUAGUGGUAGUUCAGAAGUUUUCAUUUUCUCGACUUAGCCUUGUUCGUAGAAAUGGCAAUGAAGUUGUUCACGUCAUUACAAAGCUUUCCCGAGAUUUUCUUCAUCAAGAUGUGGCUCUCGUUCAUAUCCCAAAAGAUAUUCUUGAUUUGGCAGCUAAGGAUUGUAUGUCUUGCUAG